CCGUCUUCGAAUGCCGUGCGCGAGACGACGAAGUUUGUGACCUCGAUCACCGAAUACAUCAUGGGGAAACACUUCAAGGCAAGUGAACGAUUGACGGACUUUGUGUUGUACGGAUUAAUUUAAUUCUUGGUGUUUGUCAUGUCAUUCCACAUUCAGAAAGCCUACAUGACAAUGUUCCAGGAGCGAUUACAGGCUGUCACCAGGAAGGGUGCACCGGGCCAUGACCUGGUCAACAUUCUCAACAACGACGUCCGCGAGGAUCGAUUCCGCCUUCGGAACGGCACAAUUUCAAUUGAAACGGUGGACGCGCCUACCUGAGAGGGGCAAGAACGUCUCGUCUGUGUGUGUGUGUGUGUUUUGUGCGCGUAUGUGUGUGUGUGUGUGUGUGUGGCUCCAGGUGGUGACGGAGUAUGGUGAUCUUCCCAAAGUCAUGAAGAGGGAGCUUCGGUUGUCAAGGAAGGAAUCAAAAGCGCUGAUCAGGUGACCAGGUGAAGGCAUGAGGUACACGACUGGCAUCAAGCAUCGAUCAUUGUUGUGGCUGUAGGGGAGGUCUCUCCGCCAUGGGAGUGAGACAUGAAAGCUGUGCAUGUGAAAUUUAUACUAUGAGUGUUGGGACUCGUGUGUGGACAGGACUACGACUACUUCAUCGCAAACCAACCACAAGACACCACAGACGUGGUCGGUGUGGAUGAGGAAAACACAAACACGCCAAAAACGCUAAAGAAAAAGUUGGGCAAUGAGAUGUAUCAGACAUCGGACAGAUGUGGGUGUGUAGAUGGUUUUCGGCCACACGCACGUUGCCAAGCUCCAACGACAGCAGCCUAGCUUGGACAACUGGCUCAUCUACGCGAAUUCAGGCGGUACGGAUGCACACAAUGAGAUUUAGACAGAAAGAAUCAGAAGAGACGACCGGCAUGUGUCUGCCAGGCUGGGUCGACCCGAUCGAUAUCGACAAGGUCUUCGUCGACAUCAGGUGACGUAGGGAAAAGAAACGCGGAGAAGGAGAGGAGGAGAAGAAGGAGCAUUUCUCCCUCUUCCUCAAUGUGUGUGUGUCUCUCUGUUUGUCUCUUCGUGUCAACUCUUCAUCUGAUCUGCAGCAUGAUCGAUCUGCCCCUGCACGACAAAUUCUUCCAAGACACCUUUCCCAAUCUCCGCACCGACCGCGCAUGCAAGAGUGGCGUGCCCAAGCUCCAGCCCCAGCCUGACACAACACGAGUGGAGGGGCUGGACCUCCCAGAUGGAGGCGUGACGCAGACGAUGCGCGAUUUGGUGAGAAACUACGGCCUCACCCACACACACGCCGGCCCCGCCCGCGGGCUAGCAGCAGCAGCAGGAGCAGCAGCAUCACUGGCAGCCCGGCUCUUUCUUACCGCAGCGGACACCAAAGAGAGAGAGACACUGAUCAAGCGGGUUGAGGAGACCCUGGAUGCCAUCCAUACGGCUGCAGGCGGCCUGAGUGAGGGUGAGGCGUAUGUGGUCCGGCGAGAAGAAGAAGUGGAGGGGUUGGGGGAGGAGGACUGAGCCUAUGGGGCACUAUCCCGACGUGCGAGUGAGUGGGCGACAGAGCAGGAAGAAUAUGAAUGUGAGUGAAUGGAUGCGAGCGCCGUGAGACACGCAGGCAGACAGGCACAGACUGGAUGAGUGCGAGACAUUCCACAUCAUUUCCUUGAGAGGUAUGCGUGUCUGUCUGUCUCCCUAUCUAUUGACAAACAAACCAACGAAGUACCCGG